GGGCCGAUUGUGAUUCUCUCCGUGUUCCAGCAGCAGCGACACCAUGAAGGACCGUACGGCGGAACUGCGAAGCGCUAAGGACAGCGAUGAUGAUGAAGAGGUGGUGCAGGUCGACAGGGACCACUUCAUGGAUGAGUUCUUCGAACAGGUGGAGGAGAUCAGAGGCUGUAUAGAAAAGCUGUCGGAGGAUGUGGAGCAGGUCAAGAAGCAGCACAGCGCCAUCCUGGCCGCCCCCAACCCUGAUGAAAAGACCAAGCAGGAGUUGGAGGACCUCACAGCUGACAUCAAGAAGACAGCCAAUAAAGUUCGCUCAAAAUUAAAAGCCAUCGAGCAGAGCAUCGAGCAGGAAGAAGGUCUCAACAGAUCAUCAGCUGACCUCAGGAUCCGCAAAACACAGCACUCAACGCUGUCACGUAAGUUCGUGGAGGUGAUGACUGAGUACAACACCACGCAGUCCAAGUACCGCGACCGCUGCAAGGACCGCAUCCAGAGACAGCUGGAGAUCACCGGGAGAACCACCACCAACGAAGAACUAGAGGACAUGUUGGAGAGUGGCAAGCUGGCCGUCUUCACCGAUGAUAUCAAGAUGGACUCUCAGAUGACCAAGCAGGCUCUGAACGAGAUUGAGACCCGACACACCGAGAUCAUCAAGCUGGAAAACAGCAUCCGCGAGCUGCACGACAUGUUCGUCGACAUGGCCAUGCUCGUCGAGAGCCAGGGCGAGAUGAUUGACAGAAUUGAGUACAACGUGGAACACUCCGUCGACUAUGUGGAGCGAGCCGUAUCCGACACCAAGAAGGCCGUCAAAUACCAGAGCCAGGCCCGCAAGAAGAAGAUCAUGAUCAUCAUCUGCUGCGUCAUCCUGGGCGUGGUCCUGGCGUCGACCAUCGGUGGCACGCUGGGCUUCUAGAGACGCUCAGCCGUGACGCCCGCCGCUGACCCAACUGUCCGACCGCCAGCAGAGAAAAGACACACCGACGACGACGACGACAACUACGACAACACAAAAACUUGAAACACAAAUGCAAGACAGAUAAACCAAUCAGCUAGGAAGAGAUAACCAAUCACAGAUAAGAGGAAACACCACAGGGUUGGGUGGGGUUCAAAAAACAAAGACAAAAAAAACCCACAAUAAAAACGCCAUCACAUUAUAGCUGACUUAAAUACUUAACGUAUACAAAAAGAAGGUCAGAUAACCCUAUUUACUACAGCUGUACAUGUAAAUGUAUUGAACAUAUGAAGCAACACAUGGGUUAGCUACCUGUAAAAAAUGAUUACCUAUAAUAUGACAUUUACUUGUCUGUUGGUUUGUUUUGCUUUUUUCUCUUAUUUUUUAAACAGUUUCUUUCGUUUUUCGGGAGUCUCCGAGGACAGUGACGGCUGCCGGAUGCGAGUUCUACGGGACGAAGCGU